UACGUUCGUGUAAUCAGUAAUUAAUUGCGUAUAUCAAGGCAAUGGGGAAUAUAUCUUUUUCAUAUUCGAUAAAAAUAGGUUGAGAACCCCUGUUACUGUCUGAUAAGUCAGUGGUAACCAAUUUACAGCCCGUCAAAUGCUUCAUCAGGUGUAAACAACUGUGAACGAACAGAACGAAAUGGAUCAAAUAAAAAUCUCGAAGGUGGGGAACGUGAGGAUUUUAGAUAAAUAUAGUAACAACCAUUCUGUUGGUACUCUUUAUUUAACUGUAACACAUCUUAUAUUUACAGAACGAAGUGGAAAAAAGAAAAUCUGGGUGUUAUAUACUCACAUUGCGAAUAUAGAGAAGCAGCCAUUGACUACGACAGGCUCCCCAUUAUGUAUUAAAUGUAAACACUUUUUCAUUGUAACAUUUGUUAUUCCAAAAGAACGAGAUUGCCAUGAUAUAUAUCUUACUCUCUCAAAAUUGUCUUGCCCAGUAAGUUUAGAUGAUCUUUAUUGUUUUCAUUAUCAAGAGAACAAAGACACCUUACCGCAACAUGCAGGAUGGAAUUUUUUUAAUGUACAAAGUGAAUUUCAAAGGCAAGGUGUUCCAAAUGAAGAAUGGUCUCUAACGUAUUUAAAUACAAAUUACGAGCUUUGUGAUACUUAUCCAAAAUAUUUGUAUGUACCUAGUACAUGUGCCAACAGUAUCUUGAUAGGCAGUGCAAAGUUUAGAAGUAGAGGAAGAUUGCCAGUUUUAACAUAUUUAUAUUCCAACAAGGCUGUUAUCUGCAGAUGUAGUCAACCUUUAUCGGGAUUUAGUGCACGAUGUCCCGAGGACGAACAAAUGAUGUACAAUAUUUUGCGAACAAAUCCUAAUUCUAAAUAUAUGUACGUCGUAGAUACGCGACCACGAAUCAAUGCCUUUGCUAAUAGAGCUACAGGAAAAGGAUAUGAGAACGAGAAUUUUUAUGACAACAUAAAAUUUCACUUCUUUGGUAUUGAAAAUAUUCAUGUAAUGAGAACAAGCUUAAACAAAUUAAUAGAAUUACAAAGGAUGACAUCAAUGAGUGCAUUUUUAAGUGGUUUGGAAAGCAGUGGAUGGUUGAAACAUAUACGAUCUAUUUUAGAGACUGCUUGGUUUAUUGCUAGAGCAGUUUCAAAUGGAGUUAGCGUAGUAGUGCAUUGUAGUGAUGGUUGGGAUCGCACUGCUCAAGUAUGUUCAUUGAGUGCUUUAUUACUGGAUCCAUUCUACAGGACAAUUCAAGGUUUUCAAGCAUUGAUAGAAAAAGACUGGUUAUCGUUUGGACAUAAGUUUAGUGACCGAUGUGGUCACAUUAACUGUGAUAACAAAGAAUUAGCCCCAAUUUUUACUCAGUUCGUUGAUGCAACAUAUCAACUGUUGCAACAGUAUCCCCAUAAAUUUCAAUUUAACGAAUUUUUUUUGAUAACUCUUCAUGAUCAUGUACACAGUUGUCAACAUGGUACUUUUAUAGGGAAUUCAGAAAAAGAAAGACAAAUUCUCAGAGUAUCGGAAAGAACAUAUUCUCUAUGGGGAUACAUUGCAAAUAAUAUGCACCAAUAUAUAAAUCCUUUAUACAAAUGCAAUCGUUUCAAUGAAGAAACUAAUCCUGUUCUCCAACCUAAAUUGGCUCCACAGUGUAUUAUUUUAUGGCGAGGAUUGUACUUUAGAUUCGAGAAUGGUAUUCAUCCGAGAGAAACGUACGAAGAUUAUCUUUCGAUAAUGCAUGAUCAUACCAGUUGUUUAGAAGAUCACGUUAAGCUUCUCAUAAAGAGAGCUAACUCUUUGAGUUCAGUAUUGAAUUUAAAUAACAUUAAAAAAAAAGGAGUACAAGGGAAACUAAAAUUCGAUAAUAAAUACACAAUGGAUCCAUUAUCCGAAACCAUCAUAGAAAAUACACCAACUCACGAAGAGAAAGCAAAGUGUAAGAUAAAAAUUAGUCAGUUACAAAACGAAUUGAAAACAGUUUCCUUGGACUGGAAGUUAUUCCGUAACAUGGAAGAGUGUGCAUGUUCUACUACAUUUGACGCAUUUAAUAAAAAGGUAAAUGUAUAUUAUAACUUAAGAUUUAAUUUAGAAUUAGAAUUAUAUUUCCUUCCUCUUUUUUUCAGCAUCACUGUUGGUCAUGUGGAGAGGUAUUAUGCACAAGAUGCAUGGGUGCACACACUGUUCUUGCUGGACAUAAUUCACAACGUGCAGUGCCUACUUGUAAGUCUUGUACACAGAAUUCCAGUAUUCCUUCUACUAGUCCCUAAAUUUAUUCCUUUGAACACUUAUUUAAAUUUGUAA